GCACCCCUCUUACGCAUUACCAGCCACCACAGUUCGACCCGCGCCACCCCGCACCCUGCAGCUCGUUCAUUCCCGACGAUGUCUCAGCCGCCGCCGCAGACUGCACUCUCAGCCUUCCGAUGAAGUCGCCGCUGCCUCCUUCCUCUCCCUCUAUUUCAGAAACACAGUGGGUUAAUCUCUCACUACUCCAAGGAGGCUUUCAUUCCGCCUUAGCAAUGGGGAAGAAACGUAAUAACGAGAAACAGAAGGUCAUUCUACCGCCGGAGCUUCCAACAGAGGUUACCGAGGAAGAAAUUGAGGUCUCCGAUGAGGAUUUGGAGUUUUUCAAGGAGAACCAAGACUAUGCCGUCUCUUUUAUUCGUCUAGACACUAAAUCCAUUUCCAAUAUGCACCUGAAGAUGGUGGGAACGAAGAGGCAAUGGAAGAGGGCGGCGUAGAUAAUGGUAUAGUGAAGUAAACUAAGCCAGAAAGGAGGGUAAAGCUGAAGAAAACUAAAAACCAGAGGAUGUAACCAAAGCUGAAGAAGUUAAACCAACCCCACAAACAGCUGCGAUUUCACUCUCCUCCUUUAUAGCACUGUUGCAUGAAAUAAUGUCAGUAGUUUUU